AUGACAGAAGCCAAUGGCACUCCCAGCAAUGCAACUCCACAAUUCGGACGAGGAUUCUUGAAGGAGUUUCUGUUCGAAAAGGGAUACCGAAAUCUGAAUCAUGGAUCAUUCGGGACAUACCCGCGUCCCAUCAGAGACGUUCUUCACUCAUUCCAGGACCAAGCGGAGGCCCGCCCAGACCGUUUCAUUCGAUAUGAGUACCCAGAGCGCGUUGACGAGUCCCGAGAGGUUGUGGCCGAGGUCCUGAACGCACCGGUGGAGACUCUCGUCUUCGUUCCAAAUGCCACUACCGGCGUUAACACGGUCCUGCGUAACCUCGUGUUCCAACCAGGCGAGAAGAUCCUGUACUUCGCGACCAUCUAUGGCGCUUGCGAGAAGUCGGUCGAAUACGUCACCGAGACAACGCCUGCAGAAGCAAUCAAGAUCCAGUAUACUUAUCCAGUCUCUGACGAUUGGCUCGUUACCGCCUUCCGCGAAGCCGUUCAAAAAGAGCACGCCGACGGCAACAAAGUCAAGAUAGCAAUCUUCGAUACCGUCGUCAGCCUCCCCGGCGUGCGCAUGCCCUUCGAGCGCCUCACAGCCGCCUGUCACGAGCUUGGCGUCCUCAGCUGUGUCGACGGAGCCCAUGGCAUCGGCCAUGUUGAGAUCGAUCUUGGUAAGCUGGACUGCGACUUCUUCGUCAGCAACCUUCACAAGUGGUACUUCGUGCCCCGCGGGUGCGCCAUCUUCUAUGUUCCGGUGCGCAACCAGCAUCUUAUGCGCUCGACCCUGCCGACGAGCCAUGGCUUUGUGCCGAAGCCGAAGCCGGGGCCGAAGAUUAUUAAUCCACUGCCGCCGUCGAAAAAGUCGGCUUUCGUCACAAACUAUGAGUUUGUGGGCACGAUCGACAACAGCCCGUAUCUCUGCGUGCCGGCCGCGCUGAAGUAUCGAGAAGCCCUUGGCGGUGAAGCUGUCAUCCGGGAUUACUGCGCUGAUCUUGCGCGAAAGAGCGGUGCUCGUGUAGCAGAGCUGCUUGGUACGAGGAUCCUGGAGAACGAGGAGGGGACGCUGGGGAACUGCAACUUCACCAACGUAUUGCUACCGCUCAAGCUGCAAGAUGUAGAGAAUUUGGCGAAGGAAGCAGGGAAGGGGGAGCUUGAAACGGGGGAAGUCGGCAUGCUAGUCAGGGAGUUUGUCAUCAACUCUGGCCUGAAGGAACACAACACGUUCAUGGCUUUGAUCUUCUACGGGCAACAGUGGUGGGUUAGGCUUAGUGCGCAGAUAUACCUAGAGAUGGCGGACUUUGAAUGGGCGUCUGGGGUAUUGAAGGAUCUCUGUGAGAGGGUGAUGAAGGGAGAAUUCCUGCAAUAG